CGCCCAAACGGUGAUCUUAGCCUCCGGGGUUGUUCUUCUGCUGGCGGUCAAUUACAGUGGUGCCGUCUUCCGUACGUAUCCUUACCUAGCACGUGGUAGUAGAACGUGUUAGAGGGCAUUCUAACAUGCGGAAAUUAGUGUUAUAUAACUCAUGCUGUGUGUUUCGUGCGAUAGCGAGGUGCUGGCCACUGUGAACGUGCGCUUUGCAUCAAAAGCACCCUCGGUGUUGUCCGAACAAAUGGGGAUUUGGAGUGCAUCGAAGUUGCACUAUUGUGUUGCGGCUGGUUUACAAGUUCUCAGCCAGCUUGGAGGAACAAUUAGCGGCACACGGGCGUUGGAAUAUGGUGAAGCGCUGAGAGCCGUAGUGAUGAAACCUUAAUACGACUAAUCUAUUUCUGUUGAACUUUUACGCAAGGUGUGAUAGUAGGAAGUAAUGGAUGAACGAUUCAUUUUGAUACUAAUCAUGACCAAUCUCAAAGUUAGCACCAAAACUUACGGUCUGAACGAAUGUGAUGUUAUAAAUAUUCAACAACAUCUUCACCGUGUUGUUGGUGUCAAACUCCUGUCGUCUGCCACUACAUCGCUGUUUGCUACACUUUCAGCCACCGUUCUGCGUGCCUGUCCCCGUAACUCCACCGACCUUAACCAAUGCAUUAUCGAUGUGGUGAACGAGCUGCGGCCACGGUUGGCGACGGGCGAUUUCGGGGAAAACUUUACCAUCACCCCCCUGGAACCGAUCAAGAUUGAUCGGUUGAAGAUUGAGCGGGGCGACAACUUUAAGGCGAACUUUACCAACUUCCGCAUCAGUGGAGUCACGCACGAGAAGACGGGAUUCGUUGUGAAGAAGCUGAAAACGGACAUCGAUAAUCGUCAAAUUAAUGUCACGCUGCUGCUACCGAAGCUACAGGUCAACUCGAAGUACUCCCUCAAGAUGAGCAUUCUGGUGCUGCAAAUCAACGGUGAUGGUGAUGUGCAGGUGAAUUUGACCGACACCAAGGUAAGCCUGAAGCUAACGUUCUACACGGAAAUGGUCGACGGGGAGGAAUACUUCCGCUUCAAUCCGAUCAAUCUGCGCGUCAAGUUCGGUAAGGCACGGUUCUACCUGAAGAAUCUGUUCAACGGUGAUCCAACGCUGGAGAUGAUCGGCAACCAGGCGAUCAACGAAAAUCCGGACGUGCUGCUGGACGAGGUGAAGGGCGGUAUUGAGGAGAAUCUGACCAAACUGUUCACCAAGAUUGCCAAUGAGGUGGUGAAGGAUGCACUGUUCGAAGAAGUGUUUCCUUGGAGCUAAGUGGUCCGUUGCAGAUACACGUUUGUGAUAGACGGAUCGCAGGAAGAGCAAACAAACAACCAAACGAGAGAACAGAAAAUAACGAAUUCGAAAGAUUUUCCGCAUUUUGUGAUGUGCUUUUUUGCUGUUGGUUGAAUGUUCCAAUGAAAUCUGUUCGCGGCAUUAUAUUUGUAGCGCUGAAUUUGCAAGAGCUGUUGAUACAAUAAAUAUGGAA